GCCGGCGUUUUCCCCACUCUUCCCUCCGUGAAGAGAGAGAUCCCCAUCCGCCUUCGGGGAAGGUAAAGCCGCGAGACCCCGAGCUCCAAUCCUUCUCGAAGCUUCUAGAUUCUUCCCAUGGCCCCCUCCUCCUUGACGCUGCCCCUCCUCCUCCUCCUCAUGCUGCUCCCCUCCCCUUCCGCCUCCGCCUCGUUCUCCCUCGCCACCGCUUCCUCCAACGCCUCCCUCCCCACCCUCAGCGAGAGCGAGGGCGACCCGGAGCCGGAGCUCGCGCGGGAGCAUACCUUCCUCGAGGAGGUCAUCGAUUCCGUGUCGGAGAAGUACGACUGGGACCCGGACGCGGAGGUCCGGGUCUGGCCGCUCGACGCCGACACCGCCCGGGUCGGCGCCGUGCAGCGGUACGAGUUCCGCGCCCGGGCGGGGUCGGCGUCGGCGCUGGUGCGCCUCGCCGACGAGUCCGUCGAGUGGAGGCGCCCCGCCGCGCCGGCUGUGGAGGAGGUGGACGGGCCCGGCGGGCUGGACAUCGUCCCCGGCGAUGGUGUGAUGGGGUUCCAUCCGGGCGUGAGGGACGUCGACCUCGUCGGGCCAGUGGAGGUGAGGGUUGCGAGCGAUGGGGACGGUGGCUCCAUCGAACUGCAGUUGCCGUCGCGGAAUGCCACCUAUGCAGGACUGAAGAGGUUACAUGUUGCUGCUGGGGUAGCGUUGAAGGUUGUUGGUGCACGGAAAGUUUCCUUCACCCAUCCUCACAGUAUAGGUCUGUUAACAAAUGGAAGCCUAUCUAGUAACAAUGAUCUAAGCCGAAUAUGGCCUCUCAGCUACGCAACUUGUGCUCCAAUACUUCAAGUCAGUGUUGUAGGAUCAGUCCUUGUAGUUGUUAAUGAAAGCAGUCUGCUUGGAGCCCAGGUAAAGACUUUGUUGAGAUCACAUGGCACCAUGGAAUUAUUGCCAGAAAAAUGUGGAGUAAAUGUACCAAACCGGUUGAUCUCAGCUUGUGUGUUCUGCUCAAUUAGUUCAAGACUUCCAAGGCUUGAUAAAAUCUUGAAGACUUGGUUUAGCAAGAAAAAUGAGGAUAACAAAUCCAUGCGCUUUAUUCAAGCUAAAGUGACAUCGAUACCUUUGAUAAAAUUCCGUUUGGAGCUUGAGAGGGACAUCACUGAAGAGGAUGGACUCUGGGAAAAUAUUUCAGAGUGGAAAACAGUACCUAUGGUCCAGCGAGUCACACUUGAUGUUGUAGCUAGGGUUGAAGAAGGAAGGCUGAAGGCUAUGUCAGUGAAGAAGGUUAAAAGACCUUUUCCAAUAGUGGACGCUUCUUCUUGGAGCAGCCUGACUUCAAACAUUUCUUUCACAAAGUUCAUGUCGUUUGUUUUGCCACCAGAACCGUUGACACUGGAUGUAAAGUGGUGAUUCUUUUGGUUCACAUUUACUCAUAGAAAAUUGCACAUAUUUAUCAAAUCCAUGUAUAAUUGACUAGGCUCAAAGAAAUUGUACCUGAAAAUGGGAUCUGAUUGUACCACUAUAUUAAAAUUUUGGAUUGUCCAUGACUAA